AUGAAUACUGCUACUGCUAAGGAUGAUCAACUUAAGCAAUUCUAUGUUAUUGAUGAUGGUACUCAAGAAACAACUCAAUUCGGUGUCAAGGUCAAUAACUCUGAUAGUUUAAAGGCCGGUUUGGAUGGUCCUACACUUAUGGAAGACUUUAUGAUGCGUGAAAAGAUCAUGCACUUUGAUCACGAAAGAAUUCCUGAACGUGUUGUUCAUGCUAGAGGAGUUGGUCUUCAUGGUUACUUUGAAUCCUACGGCGACUAUUCUAAUAUCACCGCUGCCAGCUUCCUGAAUAAAAAGGGUAAAAAGACUCCUAUGUUUGUUCGUAUAUCGACUGUUCUUGGUUCACGUGGUUCUCCUGAUACGGUCCGUGAUGUCCACGGCUUUGCUCUUCGUUUCUACACUGAUGAAGGUAACUUUGAUAUUGUCGGUAACAAUAUCCCACCUUUCUUUGUUCAUGAUGCUAUCAAAUUCCCUGAUCUUAUUCACGCUGGUAAGCCUAAUCCCAACACUGAAGUCCCUCAAGCUGGUACUGCCCACGAGACUGCCUAUGACUUCUUUGCUGAAUUCCCUGAAUCAAUUCAUACCGUUCUUUGGGCUCUUUCCGGUCGUGGUAUCCCUAGAUCCCUUCGCCAAGUUGAAGGCUUUGGUGUUCAUACCUAUCGUAUAAUUAAUGAAAAGGGCGUUUCCCGUUAUGUCAAGUUCAUUUGGAAGCCCAAGUAUGGUCUUUCUAAUCUUCUUUGGGACGAAGCUCAAAAGAUUGCUGGUAAAGACAUUGACUUCCAUCGUAACGAUAUGUAUACGGCUAUUAAUAAUGGUGAUUACCCUGAAUGGGAAUUUGGUGUUCAAAUUAUUGAAGAAGAAGAUGUUGAUAAAUUUGACUUUUCUCUUCUUGACCCUACUAAGCUUGUUCCUGAAUCUCUCGUACCCUUCACUCCACUUGGUAGAAUGGUUCUUAACCGUAAUCCUGACAACUACUUUGCUGAAACUGAACAAGUCACCUUCCACCCUGGUCAUGUUGUUCGUGGUGUUGGCUUUACAAAUGACCCCCUUCUCCAAGGACGUCUCUUCUCAUAUCUUGAUACUCAACUCAAUCGUAUGAGUGGCCCUAACUACAUGCAACUUCCUAUCAAUCGUCCUCUUACCCCUGUUCAUAACAACCAACGUGAUGGUUUCAUGCAAAUGCAAAUUCAUAAAGGUGAAGUCGCUUAUUUCCCUAAUGGUUUACAACAGAACACACCCUCUAUGGUGGAUGGCAAUAAAGGCGGUUACAUUGAAUAUCCCGAAAAGAUUAAUAAUGUUACCAAGAUUCGUGGUCGUUCAUCCAAAUUCUUUGAUUUCUACAGUCAAGCUCAACUUUACUGGAAUUCUUUAAACGUGUAUGAAAAGCAACAGCUUGUUGAUGGUGCUCGUUUCGAAAUUGGUAAAUCUAAUUCUAUGGAUGUCCGCAGAAGAAUGAUCAAUGUCCUUAAUCAUAUUGAUAAUCAACUUGCUCGUCGUGUUGCUUAUGGUAUUGGUGUUGAGCUCCCUAAUAAGGUUGUUGAAAACCAAAACAAGACCUCGGUUGGUCUCUCUAUCGAAGCCUAUCCUAAGGCUGAAAGUAUCAGAACACGUACCGUUGCUAUCCUUACCGCCCCAGGUACUGAUACAAAAGAUGCACGUGACAUGUAUAAUUAUCUUGCCUCCAAGGGCGCUUACCCUAGCUUUGUUGGUGUUCAUCAAGGUGUUCAAGAUGGUCUUAACAUUACAAAUACCUAUGUCACUACCUCCUCUGUUCUUUGGGAUGCUAUUUAUGUCCCCGGUGGUAACAAAUCAAUUGAUAUCAUGACAAGUCGUACCUCCAUGUUCGCCUUCAACGAACCUCAAAUGUUUGUUAUGGAUGCAUUCCGUCAUGGUAAACCUAUUGCUGCCUCUGCUGAAGGUGUCAAACUUCUUGAAUAUGCCCAUGUUGAUCUCCCUACUGCUGCCUCUAAUUCUACUAUUAAAGAGUUGAACGGCGUCAUUGUUGGUGAUAGUGCAGACAAAGUUAAAACUGCAUUUGAAGCUGCUCUUAUUCAACAAAGAUUCUGGGCUCGUUUACCUUUAGACCCUGUUAUGUAA